CGCACUCCUCUGUUGUAAACUUUCUGGGACUUUAAUCGCGGCAGUACGGAUGUAUGACUGCCACGCAUUCGGCAUUACCGACACGUCUCCGCUCUAUCGGCACCGGUAUCCUUGUUGCACGAGCGGAUGAUGGUAGCAUCCGACUAUCAUGCCACAAACAGCAGUUCAUCGAAGAACUACUCCCCACCCGCAAUGCAGCUGGCAUUGAAAUACAGCUGGACUCGGAUGUCUGCCCCGGGAUGUUUCCAUGUCUUUGACUUAGGCUUCUCUAUCUGAACAUGAGUGGGACAACCUAAAGGCUCAACUUACUUUUUCAAGAUCACGCUCUUGAUCGACAUUAAGGCUCUCAAGCACCCACCCACCAACGAUGGAUCCCAGUUCAGUCCCAGACUUUGACGACUUGCCUAAGGUCGAUGGGCAGCCUCAAGGUUGUGCCUGGGGCGUCUUUGAUAAAGACGGCAAGAAGGAUGUCUUUGGCACCUUGAACUUCCUCACACCCCAGAUCGUCGCCGCAGCUGCUGCGGAGGUCAAGGACGGCGUUUCCAUUUCUCUCAACUGGCCGCUGAAUGGCAUCAAAUUUCCCCUGCCGGGCCGCAAGCCUCCGGUCCACCGGCCCCAGCCGCUGAGGGACAUGGGCAUGGACUGCGAAGGCUGGGAUGACGAGCUCGACUUCAACACGCAGUUCAGCAGCCAGUGGGACAGCCUCUGCCACUUCACCACUGACGGUACCACCUACAACGGCCUGAGGCCGACCAAGGAGGGUCUCUCGGUGCAGUCGACGGCCGAGAACGAGCUGCCGACCAUCGAGCACUGGCACUCACGGGGCGCCCUAGUCGGCCGGGGUGUCCUGAUCGACUGGAAGCGGUACCACGAGGAGACGACGGGCACGCCGUACCACCCGCUCGACGGGUAUCGGAUCAUGCCCGAAGAAAUUGAGAAAGUGGCCAAGCACCAGGGCGUCGAGUUCAAGCACGGCGACAUUCUGAUCAUCCGCACGGGCUACACCGAGAUGCUCGAGGCCCCGACACCCGAGGACUUUGCCAAGCUUCAGGCUCUCACGCUGUCCGGUGUGCACGGAAGCGUGGACACAGCGCGGUGGGUGUGGAACCAUCGGUUUGCCGCCGUGGCCGGCGACGCUCAUGGUUUUGAGGCGCUCCCCGCGCACAAGCCUGAUGGCACUCCCGGUGCAAUUUCAGAUCUGGUCCUGCACCCCUGGUUUCUCAACCAGUUCGGCAUGCCCAUCGGCGAGCUCUGGGAUCUCAAAGCCCUCAGCGAGUACUCCAAGAAGACUGGCAGAUACAGUUUCCUUCUUACGUCGGUGCCCCUGAACCACCCUGGCCUUGUGGCCUCGCCGCCCAACGCUGUGGCCCUGUUCUAAUUAAACAGAAGCAACCAUUCAUACCGUUGAGUAUAAUAUCAAAAUCACUACAGUAUAUCUUCGAGCACAAGUUGUCUAUGUUGACCAGCUGCGCUCUGCAAGAUUCGUCGGCUUGGCCGUAGGGCAUGCCCU